UUUAGCCUUCAAAAUCCAAAGAAAAUGGUCUUUCGUCGCCCAAAAAAUUACGAAAAUGCCAUACAAAAAUAAAUUGGCCCUAAUCGAUGCUUAAUCAACUAAUCAUCCGUGGAGAAUAAGAUCAAUAGACUUCAUUAUCGGUGGAGAAUAGCCUCGGCCUGAUUUCUUGAUCUGCAGCCUCCAUAAUCGAAAGAAAAUGGCAUUUCGGAAAAAUCGCUCGAAAUCUAUGAUGGCCCCUUUGGAAUCUGCCAAAAAUUGACCCGGAAUAAAUCCGCUCAAAUCGGUGCUUAAUGGACUUAAACAUCGUUGAAGAAUAGCCUCAGACCGAAUCCGUGAUCUGUAGCUUUCAAAAUGCAAAGCUAAUGGCCUUUCGUCGCCCAAAAAAUUACGAAAAUUCCUUCCGAAAAUAAAUUGGCCCAAAUCGAUGCUUGAUGAACUUAUCAUCCGCGGAGAAUAGGAUCAAUAGACUUCAUUAUCGGUGGAUAAUAGCCUCGGCGUGAUUCAGUGAUCUGUAACCUCCAAAAUCGAAAGAAAAUUGCAUUGCGGAAAAAUCGCCCGAAAUCUGUAAUGGUACCCCUUUGGAAUCUACCAAAAAUUGACCCGGAAUAAAUCCGCUCAAAUUGGUGCUUAAUGGACUUAAUCAUCGUUGGAGAAUAGCCUCAGGGCGAAUCCGUGAUCUGUAACCUCAAGAAUCGAAAGAAAAUGACAUUUCAGAAAAAUCGCCCGAAAUCUGUAAUGGUACCCCUUUGGAAUCUGCCAAAAAUUGACCCGGAAUAAAUCCGCUCAAAUUGAUGCUUAAUGGACUUAAUCAUCGUUGGAGAAUAGCCUCAGGCCGAAUCCGUGAUCUGUAAGCUUUAAAAUCCAUGAAAAAUGGCCUUUCGUCGACAAAAAAAAAUUAUGAAAAUUUCAUCCGAAAAUAAAUUGGCCCAAAUCGGUGCUUAAUGGACUUAUCAUCCGUGGAGAAUAUGAUCAAUAGACUUCAUUAUCGGUGGAGAAUAGCCUCGGCCUGAUUCCGUGGGUGCUGGGUUUGUUCAAUUGGGCUUGCAGCCCUUGGCCCAUUAGCAGCUUUAGCUGUUGCUUAUACAACAAUUCGGUUCACGGUUCGGAAAUCGGAUUUCGGUUUCGGGCGGUACCACCAUGUAUUCCGAACUAGGAGGGUUUUGCAUCCGAAUUCCGAUCCGAAAUGUAGGAAAUUCGGUUUUGGUCAGUUUGGGGUCGGUUCGGUUCGGUUCGGAGAGUUAAAACCGGACCGGACGCCCACCCCAACAACAAAGGAGACAAAAUGCACCUAAUAUAAGUGUAAACCAUUUGAUAUUUUGGUGGAUUGAUUCCAAAGAGGUAGCUAGCUGCUUGGGAGUGGUGUGGCUCAUAUGCUCCUCCCUUCAAGUUAAUAGUCCAAAAGCAAUUCCAUAGUGCAUCAACCAAUCCCCCCCUUUUCUCUUCUUUUUCCUUUCUUCCUUUACACAUUUGAGUCUGCAAUUAUAUAUAUACACAUAACACACACUGCAAAAUCUCCCUUGCUCCAACCAAGCUCAUCUCUCUCUCCCUCCACAAUCUAACAAGUCACAACCACCAUUUCCCCCAUCUUCCACACACUUCAGUUCGAUUCCAUGACCUGCAAUUCCCAUCACGGCGGCGGCAGCCGCGGCUGAGCAGGAAAACAGAGUGAGUGAUUGUGGGGAGAGAGAGAGUUUUGGUUGUGCAAAAGAACAAAUGGAAGGCAGCAGUAGUAACAGUGCAGUAGGCAGAGCACUAAUGUACAACAAUGCUUCAUCAUCAUCCGAGAGCCAGCAGAAUAAUCUUUUCCGACAACAAUCAUCUCCAUUGGCUUCCCCAAACGGCAAUUUCAGCAAUUCUAAUGGCGCCGGCGGCAUCCAAAACCCCAGAUCUGAUUAUCACCACCACCACAAUCACCAUAUGAAUACUUACCCAACAACCUUCGUCCAGGCAAAUACCUCAACUUUCAAGCAGGUCGUCCAAAUUCUCACCGGAUCCGCUGACACAGCCAAACAGGCCUCCUCCCCAAGACCCCAAGAUCCUCCACCACCGCCGCCGGCGAUGAGGGGCAGCGCCAAUUUCCCCAUUCCUCCGAUCAGAAGCAUACCCAACAAGAAACAACAGCAGCAGCAGCAACUCUACGAGAGGAGGAGCAACAGCUUCAAGCACCGCAGCCUCAUGAUCAACACUCUGGUUCCGGCCGCCGGCCGUUUCGGCUUCCAUUCCAAUCUCAUCUCGUCUUCUUCCCCUUCCUCCGCCUCCGCCGAGAUCUUGUCGCCGAGCUUGCUGGAUUUCCCCAAUCUGACGCUGAGCCCAGUGACUCCGUUGAAUCAAGACCCAUUCUUCCACAACAACCACAGCUCCCCGUCACCCUGCCCCUCGUCGGCGGGGAACUGCAGCAGUAGCAGCAGCUCGUCCUCGCCGUUGGAGGAGGAGGACCGGGCGAUUGCGGAAAAGGGGUUUUAUCUGCAUCCCUCGCCGAGAGGAUCCGAGCCUCAGCUGCUGACGCUGUUCCCUCUGACGUCGCCGAGGGCGGCGGAAUCGCAGCCUCCGGAGCCCUGAAAAUUUUCUUUACAUCUGUGAUUCUCUUGGAUGGGUUAUGCACUUAUUGAUUGUGGUAAUGGUUUGGAUUUUGGAGGGAAAGAUGAAAGUGAUGAUCUUUAUUUGUUUGCUUGCCUCUUUUCUAAUUGUAGGAUUGAUUCAUAUGAUAUAAUUAUCAUCAUCUUCUCGUCUCUCCCUCUGUUUCUCAUAAUUUUUGUAAGAAACAAUACAAUCGCUACAGAGUACAGACACAAGACUAACAGACAAAAUGACUGACUUUUCAGUCUGACUUUUGCCGCCCUUUUCCUGAUCAUUUAUGGCUCAGUCUGCAAUUACAAGCUGGUUUCCACGAUGAGAACAAAAGAACUUGAAGUCGUCCUCUACUCUCAUUCUUCCUACAUUCUUAUCUGAUAAAUUGAGGAGUGAGUGAGUGACAGUAUGACCAACAUUUGAAUUUCAAAACAAACAACUAGAGAUGCAAUUUUGUCCUAAUUGUGGGCACUCAACUCGUAUCCAUCAUAUCAAAGAAAAGAAUUUCCACGCUCAUUGAGUAUGGAAAGGGUAUGGGAGAAUAGACGGAUAAAAUAUGA